AUGAGCAUGAUGGACAGCUCCCACGCAGCAUCGUCCUCCGGCGGCGCACUCACCAGGAAAAGAAAAAUCGAAUCUUCCGGCAGCGGCGACCGCCUGAGCAAGCUCACGGACCACGCACUCGGCCACGUCCUCUCCUUCCUCUCGGAAGAGGAGGCGGCGGGCGCGGCCAUGCUAUCGUCGCGGUGGCGCCACGUUUUCGCCGCCGUGCACUCCGUCUCCCUCGUGGAGCCAGAGAGCCCGAUCCCCAACUACGACGACCGCGUCUGCCACACCCCGGAGUAUCAAUGUUGCCCGGACCCAAACGCGCCGCUGCCCUUCUACAAACAUCGUGAGCCGAUCAUCGCCCGCCAACGACGACGCGGCGCAGUACCCCUGCGAGCCCUUCGCGUCGCCGUGGAAAGCUAUAGCGGCGGCGAUUCCUUGACGGUGGACCAGUGGGUCUCGUACGCCGUGCAGCAGGGCGCCGCCGAGGGCCUCGACCUCAUCCCCCGCUUCCAGUGCCGCUCCCCAAUCUGGGGAGAUCUUCUGACUGGUGGUCAUGGAGUGUGCUGGAGUACACCGCAACGAAGAGUGAUCUUCUGCUGCGCCCACCUGCGAUCGCCCUCCCUCAGCUCCUGCCGGCUCGCCCCGCCCGACACCGUCAGCCUGCCGUCCCUGGUGACUCUGCUCCUGUCCCGCGUCUCCGACCCUGGGAGUGACGUGGAGCGGCUCGUCGCCUGCUGCCCGCGCCUCGAGGACCUGACGCUCGAGGCCUGCAGCGCGGUGACCGCGCUCUCCCUCGUCGGCGCGGCCCACCUUCGCAGGUUGGCCCUCCGCUGCUGCCACAACCUGACGGACGUCGCCGUCGACUCGUCAGAGUUACAAGCGUUCGAGUACAGGGGCGCCGGGACCGACGGUUCGUUCCUGACCAUGCAUGGCGAUGUCUCCACGACGAUCGUGUACUGCAAGGUCGAUAUCUGCGGAGAAGAGGUCACCAUGAACCUGAGGCAGCUUCUGCAACUGUUUGUGAACGCCAAGCACCUGCACCUCGAGUCCGCUCGCCUCGGCUCAGGCCUCGACAAGGGCAUGCCUAUAAGUUUGCCUUCCUUCUCGAGCCUCCUCCACCUCGAGAUGAGGGGAUGCCUUCCCGACGACGACGACGACACCGGAGCUAUCGCUAUCGCUGCGGUGAGCACGGUCCUCGAGCACGCCCCGAACCUGGAGACGCUGUCGCUAGCCUUCCAUUCCCAGGAACACGACUCGGGUGACCAUCCUAGCUACAUUCGCUUCAGCGAUUAG